AGCAAUGAAGCUAAGCUAUGUGCUUCUUCCAGAAGCACAUGUCUGUGCAUGUGCAUCUUUGACAGCUGGGCUGAAUUCAUGUACCCAUCGAGGAUGAGUGAACCUCAUCUCCCCUUUCCUUCUGAUUCUUACAACCAACACUCAAAUCCCUCUAUCAAAUCCUGUAUAACAACACAAACCCUAGCGAACCACUUCAUCCUCUAGUCGAAAAUCAUCGUCCAAGUGGAUCCCUAGAGUGCCGUGUGCUCAACGGUAA